AUGGUACAGUACGUACUGCUCACUCUUUCCCUUCCAUCCCCCCCCUCGUUCGAACUCGCCGCCAAACCCAAUCCCCCAUCCUCCCCUUCCUCCCUCUCUCGUCCACACUCGCCCCGCUCUCACACUGCUAACGCAGCGAACCCCAAGGGUGGGGAUGGGGGGAGUGGGGGAGGCCGCUGGCAGGGGGGUGGGGAGGGGCUGCUACGGCAGCAUGAUGAGAAGUUCGGGCCGAAGGGGGCUAACGCUGCGAACCCCGGUGCAGGGGGGAGGCCGCCAGCAGGGGGAAAGGGGAAGGGCGGGGCGGGAGCAGCGGAGGGGGGUGAUGAAUUUGACUACCACAUGGGUCUGUCGACUAGACCCCCCUGGUAUUGCAGUCUUUGCAAGGUGAACGCUACUAGCAAGGAGACUUUGGAGAGCCACUCAGAGGGGAAGAAGCACCGCGGGAAAGUGAGGGGUGCGACCAGGGCUGCUGUGGAGGCGACUAAGGGACAGGAUGAUGCCUCUAGGGCCGCUGAAGAGGCUGGAAACGGUGCAGUAGCUGACAGUGCGGUGCAGAGUGGUGCGGAUGGUGUUGCCAGUGGGAAGGCGAAUGGGGCUCCUGCUGUUGCAGCGAAUGGGGCAGCGACAGGUGGACAAGAGAAUGGGCAGGAGGAGGCGAAGAGUGGUGGGGAGGAGGAGGGAGAGGGAGGAGCAGAGGUGCAGGGAGGGGAGGAGGGGAAAAAGGGAAAGAAGAAGGGAGAGAAGGAAGAGAAGGGAACAAAGAGGAAAAAACAGACAGAAGGGGGAGACGAGGAGGAAACUGCCAGGAAGGAGGAAGAGCAGGAAGCAGUAGAGGAUAAGAGCAAGACAAAGAAGAUGAAGAAGAAGAAAGAGAAAGGCGAGGCUGAUGCAGCAGAGCCUCCUGAAGGAGGUGCUGGGAUCCCGUGGAAGAAGCUCAUUCGGCAGCAGCUCAAGGCGGCACCCAGCCAUGAGCUGCCACUCAAGGCACUGAGGAAGCAGGUGCUGGCAGCAGCCAAGGGCGUGCUGGCAGAGCAGAGCUCAAAGGAAAGCGCCAAGGACAGCUGCAAGCAGGGUGCAGGCAAGGGAAGGGGGAGCAGCAGCAAGGAGGAGCUGCUAGCUGCCUUCCAACGCUCUGUGAGCUCACUGCUCUCACGCUCCCUCUCUCCCUCUUGA